UCUGUGGCGUGUUGUUAUCUUCUUCUCUGCAGUGUGUGAAGGUGUGAUGAACUUCACACACACCCCGCACGAGACACAAAUACUACGGACUUCGCUCUCAACUAUUUCUCUUCAUAAUUCGGCGCUAAUCAAUCUCAGUUUCUCUAUUUCAUGUAUUUCCCCAACUCUAAUUCAAGGGUUUUGAUCUCCUUACUUUCCCCCCUUCUUCUGUUUCGACUUUCUUCGGUAAAAAGCCAUUCCCUGUCGGUUUUCUCGCAUAAUUUAAGAUAGAUUCUCUUGUCGGAUUUGUUGCGGAAUAUCGGCAAUUAUCCGAUUUCUGUUGAAGUAAAGUCGGAGUUAUUGGUGAAACUUCACAAUGGCAGAUCUCAAGGAGAGGCUGCUACCACCAAAACCUGCUUCGGCUCUUAAUGUAAGAGAGGUUGCCGCCAAUCGACCAUCUGCCUCUGGAAGGCAAGCUUUCCAAGGGGUGGAUGUUCUGGGGUUAAAGAAGCGAGGCCAAGGUCUCCGAUCAUGGAUUCGUGUUGACACAUCUGGAAACUCUCAAGCCAUUGAAGUAGACAAGUUUACCAUGAUGCGACGUUGUGAUCUACCUGCUCGUGAUCUUCGCCUACUUGAUCCCUUGUUUGUCUACCCAUCAACAAUCCUUGGCAGGGAAAAAGCUAUUGUUGUAAAUCUGGAGCAGAUACGGUGUAUCAUUACAGCAGAUGAAGUUCUUCUCUUGAAUUCCCUUGAUAGUUAUGUAUUGCACUAUGUAAUGGAGCUACAACGACGGUUGACAGCAACUGGGGUAGGGGAGGUUUGGCCAUCAGAGGGUUCUGACAUGAACCGAAGGAGGGGAAGUAGGAAUUUUGAUAAUGUAUUUAGCAACUCUUCCCCCGAUUAUUUACCUUUCGAGUUCAGGGCCCUUGAAGUAGCCCUGGAGGCGGCAUGCACAUUUCUUGAUUCUCAGGCAGCAGAGUUAGAAAUUGAAGCUUAUCCCUUGUUGGAUGAACUGACAUCAAAGAUCAGUACUUUAAAUUUGGAACGUGUUCGUCGAUUGAAAAGCAGACUUGUUGCGUUGACCAGGAGGGUUCAGAAGGUUAGAGAUGAAAUAGAGCAGCUUAUGGACGAUGAUGGUGACAUGGCUGAAAUGUAUCUUACUGAGAAGAAAAGACGGAUGGAGUUGUCAUUUUACGGAGAUCAGUCUAUGGUUGGAUAUAAAUCAGUUGAUGGUGCAUCCAUUUCUGCCCCGGUUUCUCCUGUGUCAUCACCUCCUGAUUCUCGAAAGCUAGAAAAGAGCUUCAGUAUUGCUAGAAGUCGACAUGAGAGCAUGCGAAGUUCUGAAAGUACUACGGAAAGUAUAGAGGAACUUGAGAUGUUGCUGGAAGCAUACUUUGUUGUCAUUGACAGCACUCUAAACAAGUUGACAUCGUUGAAAGAAUACAUUGAUGACACAGAAGAUUUCAUAAACAUCCAACUGGAUAAUGUGCGGAAUCAGCUUAUCCAGUUUGAGCUUUUACUCACAACUGCAACAUUUGUGGUUGCCAUCUUUGGAGUGGUAGCGGGAAUAUUUGGGAUGAAUUUUGAAAUUGCAUUAUUCAAUGUCCCCUCUGCUUUCCAGUGGGUCCUUAUAAUAACAGGAAUUUGUGGAGUAUUUAUAUUUUCUGCAUUCGUGUGGUUCUUCAAGUACAGAAGACUCAUGCCCCUAUAGAAAGCUAUACCACCAUGAAGAAGAUUAAAUAAUUGCGUCCUCUCUGCCAAUGUUUCAUGUUUGGCAUGCAAUCAUAACAUUCAAAAGCAAAGCCGGCUCUUACAGAGAGCAAUUCUUUCAAUUCAAUUUUGUAUCAGUUUUUAGGCUAUUUAUGAUGACAAUCCGAUUCAGCAAUGUCUAUAUAUGGACAGAAUUGAUAGUUAGAAUACCUGAAUGGACAAAACAUCUUUAUUUUA